AUGGAUAACGCAAUGUCUAUGACACGGCCUCCUGUUACGCAGCUUCGGCCACUGCAUACUGACCAGCAAUCGACGGAGACAUCUCAGCGAAUAAGCUGGACCAGCUCUGUCCAGCCAAGACCUGAUGAAGAAACCACAAUCAAGGUAUUUGUGAAGCUUGUGUCUCAUCUUGUCGUUCUUGACGAAGAUGAGAACUUUUGUAUUCAAGAUACUAAGAGAGGUGGUUUCAUCUUGGCUCAGUAUUCGAGUUCCGAGAGAUAUGAGCUUGAUAGCUUCCGUUUCGUUAAACUUGAGAAUCAUCAAUCAAUCCCAACUGAUUUCUCUAUUGGUGAAGGCAAGAUCCUUCAACUUCACUUUGAAGAACACCAAGUCCAUCUCAAGGCGGAUGCCAGUAUCAUCCCCACUGCUGCUCUGGGAUCUCUGGGCUGCAUGUUAGACGACAUCAUCAUUGGGGUGCAGCAAGGGCAUAACGCAAGACCUGAAUGGACUCAGCCGUCUGUCCUUAACUUUCCCCCACGACCUGAGCCUCUCCCCCUCACUCAUGAUGACGAGACUUUGACCGAUGAUGUUGCGAAGAUUUCACUUCUCCAUCAUCAGUUCGAGAGGUGCGCGGCUGAGAGUCCUGAGAGGGUCGCUAUCGACUACCUGACGGACCUCGAAAAUGGACACCGUAUGACCUUUACAUAUCGUCAGAUUGCAAACGCAGCAACGGCACUGGCGGGUAAGAUCGCGAAGGCCUGCGAGGGAUCGACGCAGUCUCUCAAGACAGUCGCAGUCCUCAUCGGCCCAUGCCCAGAACUCUACAUCUCAUACCUGGCAGCUCUGAAGACGGGGGUAGCCUUCUGCCCUAUCGCCGUGGACGCACCCGCAGAGAGACAGCAGGCUUUGAUGGCAGACUUGAAGCCAUCUGCAUUGCUUACAACAACGUCCUUACUAGAAUCAGAGCUGUCCUCUUUCGUCGAUUCCUCACCAGAGAUUGUCAACGUCACCCCUUUCCUGCAGGCUUGCGAUACUGAACCAGAGCAACAGCCGAAAUCAGCAUCAAUGAGCACGGACGACUUGGCCUACAUUCUGUACACUUCAGGAACCACUGGACUGCCCAAAGGAGUGGCUGUCAGCCAUCUCUCGGCCUCAUGUACCAUCUCUGCUUUGAGUGCCCACUAUGGCUUUCCCCGACCAACUUCUACAUCAAAGCCUGUCCGGUGGUUCCAAGGUGCUGCACCUACCUUUGACAUUUCACUAUUUGAGAUAUUUUGGACUCUGAGCACUGGAUCAACGCUUUGCUGCGCGCCUCGAGAACUCACUCUGCAAAAUAUUGACAAGGUUGUUACUACCUUGAAGGCUGACAUCACCAACAUCACGCCUAGCUUCGCUAGCUUGUUGGAACCCUCUUCAAUCAGUGGACUAAUGGUUGGUGGUGAGACCUUGAAUGCUCGACUUCUCCAGAACUUUGCUCCCUACAAUCCGACCGCGAAGGAGGAACCUGGCCAAGUACCGAGAGGCAUUUACAACGGAUACGGGCCUACUGAGACGGCUAUCUACUGUAUUGCGCAAGCUCAUGUUCCUGAAGGCCAACGCGGAUCCGUCAUCGGAACACCGUUGGCAACCUGUGGUGUUCUUAUUGUCCAUGACCAGUCAAUUUCUCAAUCUGGGAGGGACUUCAAGCCUCUGCCUAUGGGUGCAGUGGGCGAACUUGUCAUCACUGGACCUCAAGUGAGCAAGGUGGGCUACCUGAACCGGCCAGACGAAACAGCUGCGUCAUUCCGAGAUGACCCUAGAUGGGGCCGUGUCUAUAAGACUGGUGACAGGGCCAGAAUCGUCUGGGACAAGAGCGGCUCUCCCAUGGUCGAAUUCCUAGGCAGACUCUCUGAUGAUCAAGUCAAGCUCAGUGGCCGGCGUGUUGAGCUGGGUGAGAUUGAGAGUGUUCUUGCCAGCAAGGUGCCUAGUAUCAAAGAGACUCUAUCCUGUGUCUGGAAGUAUGGUGCAGACGCAGGUUCAGAGAAGGUCGUGAGUCUGAUUGUCGUUGAUUCAAGUGAGAACUUUGAGGCUGUACACCGCCUAUGUUUAGAUGCGUCUCAGCACCAUCUUCCCGACUACAUGAGACCAUUCAAGAUCUUGCAAGUCGUUGGGCUUCCGAGAUCUGCUUCUGGAAAGGCAGAUCGCAAAGCGGCUUUGGCACUUGUCAACAAGACGUUAAAGACCGAGCUUGUCGAUCAAGAGCCUUCUAACCGCGGGAUGGUUGAGAGCAUUGAGGCUUUGUCAAACCCUCAGGAGGAAGAGCUUGAGCAGGAUCUCAUCUUAAUCGUGAGUAAUGUCCUCAAUGACUCGCCUACUUCAGGUCCAUCAAUCACUGCAAAGACAGUCCUUGCCGAAGCGGGUAUUGACAGUCUUCGUGCAAUGAGGAUCUUGCGAGACAUCAGGAAGCGUUGGCCAGGAUCCCGGGACCCUCAGCUUGAGCCGUCACUGGCACUUCUCCUCGACAACAGCGCGACCAUCCGUUCUGUAUUCUUCCCUAGCAGUCAAGGGACCGAUGCAUCAGCCACCAAAGUUGAUAGACAAGCGAGAACAAAUGCUCAACUUGAGUCGUUCUCCACGAAGCAUACAUUGGAGGUCCUGAACAAACUCAACCUCAACAAGCACGACAUUGAGAUUGUUCUACCAGCAACUAGCACCCAGAGCCAAUUAGCAGUGAGCUUUGCCAUGGACAAGCGCAACUACAUCAGCCAUACCACACUGAGACUCAAGCCAGAUGUGUCCGCGAUUGCUCUCAGGGACGCCAUUGAGACGACGAUGUCGAGACAAGCCAUCUAUCGGACGGCACUGCUCUCCUGCGACGAUGGCCUUUCCCCGUUCCUCCAAGUAGUUUUGACCUCAGACGCCUGGCAGAGAUUAAGCGGCAACUCUGGUCGGAUCACUCACAAGAAAGCCAGUCCUGGCAGUAUCUCUGGCGAUGCGCAAACCUGGCUGGACCUCGCGGAGGAGGAUCUCAGCCUUGAGUCGCACAGGCUGUAUCAUGUACAGAUCAUCGAUUCUGAGGAGGCUGGUAGUGGUGGUCUUUUGAUCAUCAGCGCUGCUCACUGCAUCUGCGACGGGCCUUCACUUGAAGUGCUCAUGUCAGACAUCACUCGUCAAUACUGUGGCCUUGGGCCACUUCCACGUCAAGGGAUUUACGACGCUGUUUUCGAAUGGGCAUUGAAUGUAAAACCAGAGACAGAUCAGUUGUGGCAGAAGGCUCUGGAAGGAUGGGAGACUGAGCCGCUCGGAGCCAUCAGCGGCAACAACGUCAAGCCAACUUCAACCAAGACUCGUCAACAUGCCAUGGUACAACAUACCAGUUCACUUUCUUGGUACCUUCUCGAGAGUAAGGGCAGGUUAUUGGGAGGCUCUCCUCUCACGAUCGUCCAAGCUUCUUGGGCCAUGCUUCUACACAUCCUCUCCGAGGCAGACACCGAUGACGUGACUUUUGGCAGCGUUCUUUCAGGUCACGAUCAAUUUGUCCACGGCCCAACAUUCUCUGUCGUGCCUUGUCGAGUUGCCUUGCCUGAAGCACAGACUCUCAAACAGCUCGUCGCCAGCUUGAUGGACCACUCAAGAUUCGCUCAAAGUCACAGACAUACAUCCUUCGGCGCCUUCAAGACACUCCCAUACAACACCGCACUAGCCUUGCAAGCAUAUCCUCAACCCGAAGAUCAUGGGUCAGACAAGGCGCCUUUGCUCUGGACUGAGAUCUCGAAUCCUGCUAUACGUUACGACUUUGCCAUGUUUGCUGAAGUUUUCCCUACGAACCCGAACUCGCCUGACAGGAAUGGAAGAUUUGAUGAUGUCGUCUUCAAGCUGACGUAUCGCGAAGAGACAUUCUCAGAGACUUCUGCGACAUGCAUUGUCAAGCAGUUUGAAGCACUCACCGAGACUAUCCUGAUGUCACUACCUGAUGACCUGGUACAGAGUCUGCCUGCGCGCAUUGACAGAAGUCUAUUGUCUGCUGAGGGAACGAUCCCUGUUGUGGAAGAAGGUUUGGAUGACACAGCCAAAGAUAUUCGCGACAGAGCUCAGCUUCUGCAUGCCCAGUUCGAGGAUCAAGCUGCAUCGACUCCCGAUCUCCUGGCACUGAGCUUCUACUCUUCACUCGAUUCCGCUCCUGUUGAGAUGAGUUACGCAGAGCUUGAUGCUAGAGCCAAUGGUCUGGCGAACAUCUUGCGCGAGCAAGACAUUGACAUCAUUCCAAUUUGCAUGGAACGCAGUGUUGAGCUCUACGUAUCUGUCUUGGCCAUUCUCAAGGCCGGAUCUGCAUGGUGUCCCAUUGACACAACUUCCCCAGUUCAACGUCGAACAUCUCUUAUCGCUCGAGCACAGAGCAAGGUACUGCUUACAACCACUGAGUCUUUGCCUCUCGUAGAGCCUUGCCUUGCUCAGGACGCACUGAAAGAUGUACAAGUCAUUCUGGUUGACAAGUAUAAUGGCCACAGUACAUUGGUUCGAGCCAAGCCACGUAACAGCAUCUCCAACAUCACUGGACAGGAUUUGGCAUAUCUUUUGUGGACUUCUGGAACGACGGGCGAGCCCAAGGGUGUCAUGAUCCAGCACAGCGCUGCAGCCCAAGCGAUGCGCGACCUGCAAGUUCUCGUUGAGCACAAUGAUCGUGAACAGGUCCGCACUCUACAACUCUCCGCCUACAGCUUCGAUGUCUUCGUACAAGACUUAUUUUAUACCUGGGGCCUGGCGGGAAAUGUCAUCAGCGGUACACGAGAGCUGGUCUUGGGCACAUUCACCGAGUUCAUCUGGAAGUCUCACCCAACCCACGCUCAUCUUACACCUUCAUUUGGAGCCAGUAUUGCCGUCCAGGAACUCAAGGGUUCAACUCUCCAGUACGUCACGUUCAUCGGCGAAAAGCUGACAGAAGACGUCGCUGAGGCCUGGGCUCAUCCCGAGAUUACGACUCGUGCAUACAACACAUACGGCCCAGCUGAGAACGCUGUCGUCUCUACGAUGCGACAGUUCUUUGGCAAGAGUCGAGACACUGCUAAAGCUGCCAAUGUUGGCUUUCCUCUGGAUCACUGCACGGCCUAUGCUGUUCGUGAGGUAGCGAGCUCACAUGGUACCAAACGUUGGGAGCUGGUUCCUCGGUACGGAGUCGGUGAACUUGCUCUGGGCGGUGCACAAGUCGGCAAAGGAUAUCUUGCAAACGAAGCCAAGACUACCAAGGCAUUCAUCCAGGGCGGCCCGGGCAUCGACGAGCGCAUCUAUCUCACUGGAGAUCUCGUGCGAUUGAAUGACCAUGGUUUUGAGUUUCUCGGUCGAAACGACGAUCUCGUCAAGAUCACCGGUAUUCGUAUUGAGCUCAGUGAGAUCAGCGCAGCGUGUGCAAGUCUGAAGGACGACGACGCUACGGUUGAACAUGUCGAGACAUUGUAUCUUCAGCGUCCAGGCGCACCCGCUGGGAAUAACAACAAAGUGGUUGUCACCUUUGUCUCUGUCAAGACUGGCAACGUCGACACUUCCAAGAUCAGAUCUCAAGUGUUCAAGCGAGCCAAGGACCUCUUGCCCGCGUAUAUGGUGCCUGGACACGUUGUUGUUCUCGAUACGACCAUGCCGAGGACCGCCUCAAACAAGGUUGAUCGCAAGGCGUUGCAGGCUAUCUACGCGGAGUCGGAUCUCAACGUGUUGGCUGGGAGAGACGACUCGACACAAGCGCAAGGGCCGAGUCAUCAGGCCAAGCACCAAUGGACGGCCCAUCAGCUACCCAUUCUCCAGACAAUCGCAGGACACUUUAAUAUUCCAACGGAAAACCUCUCUCCGGAUGACAGUUUGGCAGGUCUCGGCCUCAGCUCGUUACAAGUUACGAAGCUUGCUUGGUUGCUGAGGCGAGAACUCAAGUGUCAAGUUGGAGUUCUGGACCUCAUGAGAUGUGAGUCUCUAGGAGAACUGGUCAAUGUCACGCUCAGCCGAAUGCCAAAAGAGGCUGAAGCAAACCAGUCUACCCAAGCAGUCGAGACAGAAACGACAUGGCUUGCGUCUAUCAAGAAGGCGCUUACUGACAACAUCAAGGGCAACAUGCGACCCUCUGAUACGCAAUACGUCCUACCCGCAACACCCAUGCAAGAGUCCCUCAUCGUCGAGACUAUGCUCGAGCCACAAGCCUACUGGGCCCAUCGUGUGUUUGAUCUCAGCCAUUUGGACGACGUCGAUGAUCGCCAGUUGAAGAGAGCUUGGACUGCCGUAGCCAAGCGCUUCGACAUUCUCCGAACUAUCUUUGUGCCCUUGACUCAACUCGAUGUAGAUGGCAGCGACAACACUGUUUCAUGGGCUCGUGAGAAGGGUAUUCACUCUACGAUCCUCCAGUUGAUUCGCGAGAAACCAGGCUUGCACUGGUCUCAGAUUCGCUCUGAAGAGGAUCAGAGUCUGAGUGAAAUGGCUGAGAGGCUGCAGCUGGAGCUCUCCCCAACGACUACAAUAGAGACACCGUGGGCUGUCACUUUUGUCGAGGACACCAAGAAGAUGAUGCUCAGUAUGCAUCACGCACUCUACGACGCCGUAGCUUCUGAUGUCUUCCUGGAGACUGUCGCGAGCUUGUAUUACAUGGAGCCCCUUAGGGAGGUAAGCGAGGUCGUGCAGUUUAGUAAAGGUCUCGGCCUGGGACUGUUACCGACCCCUUCCAAGAGAGAGGAAGCAGCUGCGCUAUGGAGUCGCCGAUUGGAUGAGAUCAGUAAGACGGCCAGUGGGGGCACGUUGAACGCACCUUUUCCUGACCUCACUCAAUCUCGACAGAAACAGGCCCAGAAGAUUCUCAUGUCGAGGAAAGUUAUCCCUGCUCCAUUUGUCCAACCUACUUCUACAGUUGCACUUCCAACACUACUCCAAUCCGCCUUUGGUUGUAUUCUCGCCUCAUAUCUCGAACUCGACGCCGUCGUGCUUGGCCACACCAUCUCGCUGAGAGUCCUCCACCCAGAUCUCGCACGACUUGUUGGUCCCGCCAUAGUUACAUUGCCUCUAAUUGUUCGCUCUAAUGCUGCGUCGUCUGAGGAACUCUGGAAGGAGAUGGCUACCGAAUCAGCACAGAUGUUCCAGAGCACACACAAUCUUCACCCAGUAGAUGUCAAAAGGAUGCUCAAUAGGGGAAGUGGUAGCAGCAACGCUCCAUUCCCUGGUCUUUUCGUGUACCAUCCAGCCUCAGAUGACAACCAAGCCGAAGCUAGUCAGUCCAUGUUCAAGGAAGUGGGACAGGCAUUGUCGCUCAACGUUGAGCAUCCACUUGCGUUGAACAUCUUUGAGGCGAAUGGAAAGAUCGAGCUCACUGGAGAUGGACGUCGCAUUUCUCAGGCUCAGUUGGACCUCUUGUUGGACCAGAUCCUUGCCCAAGCGCAGGUUAUGGCCGAGGCCCCCAGCGCUCCUUUGACUCAGCUCCAGAACAGAAUGAGUAAUAGUAUUCUGUCUAUCAGUGGCGAAACUUUCAGCGAAGAGACUGAAGCUGUCAAUCCUACUGAAUGCGUUUCCUUUCGCGCAUCAGAGUAUCCAGACUGGAUCGCCGUUGAGGAAGUCAUGUUUGAAUCCUCAGAUGACGAUGAGAUUGCUUCCAAGACCAUUACCUACGCCCAGCUCGACAAGCUCACCAAUGCCAUCGCUACGAGAUUAAUCCAGCAUGAGGCUCGUCUACAGCCUGAUGACCCUGUAGCUAUGUGUCUUGGUAGAGAUAUCAAGUCCCUGGCAGUCACUCUCGCCAUUUUCCGUGCUGGAUUUGUGUAUCUUCCUGUUGAUGAAGAUCUUCCACCAGCUCGCAAACAGCUCCUCAUUAGAGAUGCGGGCGCCAAGCUUGUGAUUACAACCGAUGAGCUUGUCGGUGACUUGGGACUAGACGAUGCCAAUGACCCACCGCUGUUGCUACUCCCCGACACGAAUGCUGACAUGGACACCAUUUUGUCUUGGCCUGUUUCUGAGAUCCCGUCGGCGACUGGUAUUGGCGGUUAUCUCCUCUACACCUCUGGCUCGACUGGUCGCCCCAAAGGUGUACGAGUUUCCAACAGUAACCUCUGCCACUUCAUCUCUGCAUUCAGCACCCGGUUAAUUGAACACUCGCCUGCAACUGCGAGACUUGGUGGUGUCGGGAAGUAUCUCAACUUGACCUCCCGUGCCUUCGAUCCUCAUCUGACACAGCUUUUCGUGCCCUGGCAUCUUGGUCAUAGGGUCGUCAUCGGAAAGGACCGGACGGCCAUGAUGGCGAACUUGAAGGAGCUGAUCAAUGAGCUGAAUGUUACGCACUUCGGAUCUGUUCCCUCGGUGCUCAGCCAAUUAAGGCUACGACCUGAAGAUGUUCCGUCAGUGAGAGUAGUGACUACUGGCGGAGAGAAGGCCUCGAACGAGCUUUUGAACAUGUGGGCCCAGACGCAAGACUCAGACACGGUAGACGAUCGAGCCGUUCUCUUCAACUUCUACGGUCCUACAGAAGUCACUAUCGGAUGUUUAGGACAUGCUGUACAUCAUGGUUCCAACGCCCGCAACCUUGGACUCCCACUAAAAGGUCUCGAGGCUCUACUUCUAUGUCCCAGCAGCGAUGGAGGCAGUCUUGUCAUUGCUAGGAGAAGCCAGCCAGGUGAGCUCUGCAUCGCUGGUCCUCAGGUAGCAAUGGGCUAUCUCAACCGUCCUGUCGAGCAAGCCAAGAGCUUCCAGACUAUUACUCUUCCCGGCGGCAGCAGAAAGAGAGUCUAUCGAACAGGAGACAUGAUGAGGAUGAUGCACGACGGAUCACUUGAGUUCCUUGGUAGAGCUGAUCAGCAAACCAAGAUUCGCGGACAGCGGCUUGAGCUGGAUGAGGUCGUUGGCUUCCUGAAGCAAGUUGCAAGUGACAAGGGCGACUUUGACUUUGCAGCUACGGUUGCUUCCAAUGGGAAAGAUAGUUCGAAUCAACAACAACAGCUGCUAGGUUUCAUCGCUAGGAAGGCCAGUAAUCUCAAGGGCCAGGCUGAACAGGAGGUUGAGCUACUUGAUGUCCAAGGCGAGGAGUCAACUUUACUACUAGGCAUGAUCGAGCACGAAUGCCAAGACAAACUCCCUGCUUUCAUGGUACCAACACUGGUCUGGGUUUCCAAGAUCCCAUACCUCGCCGCCUCUGGCAAGGUCGACACCAAGAUCCUAGCACGUUUGGCAAAGGAUUUCAUCGCCACUCAGCAAGAUCAGGACAGAGAUGGAGGCAACUCGGGCGACGCGCUUGGAUCUGGGACCGGCUUGAGUGCGAAGGAGUCGAUGGUGGUUGCGGCUAUUGAAGAAGCCGUCGGUGGCAGUGUUAGGGCAUCAAGUACCUGCAGCAUUCAGCGCCUUGGUAUCGACAGUCUUACGGCAGUGAACUUGGUCUCUCUUCUGAGGAAACGGGGCUUCUCUCAAUUGAAGAUGACGCAUCUCCUGUCUUCGUCGUGUACAGUUGCAGAUAUUGCAAGACUUGCUGAUGAACAAGAGAGCGGUAGCCCGUCGAACAGCACGCCUCUGUCGACCCCUCCAUCCACAGACGAUCUACACACCCCGACUCUCAACGUGUCAGACCUUGGUCCUCUUCCAGAGGGGCUUGAUUCAUCCAACAUCGUAGCCGUCCUGCCUUGUCUCCCUCUCCAGUCUGCUCUCAUCGCGCGUUCUCUUGUUUGGCUCAGUGCCUUCAACCUAAGAGAGAACACCGAGGGAUAUGAUGUUCCAUAUGUCGCACGGUUCAGCUACCGUCUCAGUCGUGGUACAGACAUCAACAGAUGGAAGAAGACAGCUGAAGAAGUCAUCGCCUCGGAAGCGAUGCUCCGAACUUGCUUCAUUCAGCGUGAAGAUGACGGCCAAAUCUUCCAGGUCGUUCUUCGGUCACUGCCAUCCUCUCCUCUGAAUGCUCAUGAGCACCCAGCAGAUAUUGUGUCACAGAUGAAUGCGCGACCUCCGAUCCGACUACAGCUUUCCGGCGAGGACGGAGACGAGACCAUCGUGUCACUCAGCAUCCACCACGCAUUAUUCGACGGUGUUGCUAUCGACUCCCUCAAGAAAAAACUUGAAGCAGCAUACAACAGCCAGACGUCUUCAAUUGCUGCGGUUAACAGCUUAGCCACCUUAUCCACGAUCUCGAAUCACUGUAACUUAUCGAAUGAGCAACUCGAUGCUACAAGACGGUCGUGGCAACAACAACUACAGGGCGUUCAACCAUGUCGCGUUGGAGCCAUUGAUGACAACAGUACGAGUGGUGUCAUGGCUCGUCAGACUAUUUGUCUUGGGUACACGACUUCUGAGCUCAACGCUAGACUCAAAUCUCACUCCCUGGGGCCUGAAGGAACGAUAUCAGCAUCUUCCGCAUUCCAGCUGGCUGUCACUCUGUGCCUCGCCCAACUCACCAAGCAGGCAUCCGUUGUCUAUGGCUUUAUCAUGUCACUUCGGCCAUUACUAGAUGGCGCUGCCAACGAUGUUGACAGCUUUGUUGGUCCAUGCCUGAACACCCUCAUUCGAGCCGCCACCAUCAAUAGCCUUGGCGAGACCCUACCCCAACUGGCUCAACGAGUUCACGAGUCCCACCUUGAUGUCUGCCAAGGUGCCAUGCCACUAGUCAGCGUCGACAAAGUCCAGCGCUGGUCUGGAUCGGAGGACAAGCUGUUCGACAGUCUCUUGAGCAUCAACGUCGUGCCUAACAACGAACUCAGUGACGCCAAACCAGGACAGAUGACCGCUUUGCCUACUCGUAGUAGUAGCGAUAUGGCUUUGGCAUUUGACGUAGAUCUUCACGCUGAUGGAAAGAUCAAUUUGACACUUUCUUCUGCCGGAGCAUUGAACGUAGAGCAGCUCAAGGAUAUUGCCCGACUGUUUGAGAAGGUUGUGUACAGCUGCGCUGACAAGACCGUCAAAGUGUCGGAUAUUGUUACUUCACCUCUCACUACAAAGACCCUCUCAACCAAGGUCCUCGAUGGCCCCCGAGGCAACAAGACCUCGAUAGAUGCUCCAAGUUAUAAUCAGGCACUCUCUGACGUACAAGCUGCCCUCAGUCGCUUCGUUCAUAUCAAUGCAUCUGAACUGUCAUCCAAGCCCGACUCGACGUCGCUGUACCAGCUCGGUCUUGACUCCAUCACCGUUCUCCCAUUUGUCAAGUCAAUCAACAAGUCGCACAAGACUAAGCUGUCUUCUCACGCUGUGAUCAAGGCACGAACUAUCAAGGGCGUUGCGCAGCUUCUUCAAGAUGCCAAGUCGAAGUCUGCUUCAAUUGACAACGUCAAUUCGCAAUCUAACGGGGAGCAUACCGGCAGCAAGUUGAGUGACACUGAGCUCUAUGACAGAAACCUUGAGCAUCUAGCCGAGAGUCUCAUGUUCAUCGCAACGCCACUCCAAGAAGGCAUGCUCAGCGCAUCUCUGGCCACUGACGGCGAUGCAUACACGUAUGUUCAUGCCAUUCAACUCUCUGACUAUGCUCUUGCACACGAUACACCCAGUCUUGAUAAGUUUUUCGGUGCCGUGAAAGACACCGUUCAAGCAUGUGAAAUCCUCAGAACCCGGUUCAUCUUCACUGAUGAUGAUGAGUCACCGUGGGUCGGUAUCGUUUCUCCCACUGAGCAAAGCGACCGGGUCAGCUGGGAGAUUCAGCCAACGAUGCCUGGCCGGUUGCAUUUGCGAAUCCAUCAUGCUCUCUAUGAUGCAACAUCUAUGCAGUCUGUUUGGAGCAUUCUCCAAGAAUACUACCGUCGGCGCCUCAACAAUGACAUCUCUGAUGGCGUCGACGAGCCCAAGCAUCUGUACAGACCGUUUGCAAGGACUGUUGCCUGUUCUCAGCGGGCUUCCAUUGCAUACUGGACAGAUGCCGUUCGGGAUUACACGUAUACUCCUCUUGAAUUCCCCACUGAUGAUCUCAAGGCAUCAUCUGUUGUCCAUUUCAGCUUUGACACGAGCGAAUUGUCGCUCCUCCAGUCGAAAUGCCAGGAUCUCGGCGUGACCAUCAAAGCAGCACUUCAGUUGUCAUGGAUCAAGGUCCUGUGCGAGUCGCUUUACAGACAAGCUGACGUCGUGUAUGGAGAGGUUGUUUCGACGGAUGCCGAUGAUGACGUUGCCAUCGUUGGCCCCGCUAUCAAUACACUGCCCAUGAGAGCGAAGUUGGGUAGCCCUAGCAGUUGCGUCAAUAUCUCAGAAGCCUUGAUCCUUGUGCAGAAGCAGAUCGACAGCGCGAGAGGCACCAACUCAAUGGCUUCACUAAGGAAGAUACAAACGCUAUGGAGAUCAGGACAUAAGGGAGGAGAUGCACCAGCAGCCCUCUUCCAGAGUCUCUUCGUGUUUGACGGAGUUCUUGGCUCUUCAAACACCAGCGUUGAUUCAGAAAAGCUAUUCAAGUCCGUACAGGCUGGAACUGCUGAUGCGACUGGACCGGCCUAUGAUGAUUACCCUCUAAUCGUGAGCUUCCAUAUUAGGGACAACAUCCUCAAUGGCAAGCUAAGGGCCAAGUUACCCCAAGAGCAGGUUGGCUCAUUAGGUCAGAGCCUGGAAGCAGCCUUGAACCACGUUCUUCAUGGACUCGAUGUACCUGGAGUUGACACUAAACAUCUUGAAUCAGUUAACAACACACCGCCUCAAGAGUCCAAGAUCGAUGCGACGGAACCCGAUAUGAAUGGCUCGACCCCAGCAGCUGAUGCAGUAUUGAAGCUUGUGGAGACAGUUGUAGGAACAAGACGAGGUGGAAAGAAGAUCGGUUACAGCACGAGACUUAUCAACGUUGGUCUGGACUCAAUUUUGGCCAUUCGGCUAUCGAAGCUUUUGAGGCAGCAACUUGGACUCAGCGUCAGCGUUUUUGACAUCAUGAAGGGUGCUAGCGUUCGCGACAUCAUCACGCGCCCAACAUCUUCGCGUAAACCCACAGCAAAUGGCACCCAACAUCAAUCGGAGCCACUUCGACAAGGUUUGAAGUCGGCAAUAGCCAAGACCCUUGGACAGCCAGACUAUCUGAUCAAGUCCAUCGUUCCUGUAUUGUCUGGCCAACGUUCACACCUCGAGCUUUGGCUGCACAACGGCAAGAGAUUUUUCGAGGCCCCGUGGGUUUACAGACUGCCCGAGACUUUCGAACAGGAGCAACUCGUGGCCUGCUGGUCUGACCUUGUGAAAACACACGAUGUCCUCCGAACCACCUUUGCAACAGCCGCGACCCCUGCCGAACUGUACCAAGUCACCCUAUCAGAAGAGUGGUCAGGUCGAUCGCGCGUCAAAGCCCUUCAGGACUCGUCGAAGACUGUCGAGGAGUUGAUUGCGAAGCAUGUGAGCCAGGAAAAUAGCAAAGCAUCUGAUAUGAAGGAACCUCCAGUCCACCUCUCUUUCCUAGAAGCUUCAGACGGCAAGGCGGUUGUCUUGAGACUCCAUCAUGCACUCUACGAUGCAUGGAGUAUCAAGAUGAUUGAACAGGACUUCGACGAUCUUCUCACCCUGGGCAAGAUCCAAGAGACUCGUCAGUCACUGGAACAAGCAGUCCAGAGCAUCAGAGCAAUCAGACAACCAGAAGCCGAGGACACAUACUGGAGGCGACAUCUUUCCGUUGCUCAAGAAACAGUGUUGGGUAACAACACUGAGCAUACUGAUCUAUCAGCGCACGGCCCUCAGUUCAAGACGAGCUCCAGCAUCGCCCCUCAGAAUAGUAUCAAGUCUCUGUUGCAGAAGAGUAGCUCGGAGGUCUCUGCAGCUCUCAUUCUCUCCUACGCAAGGACGCUACAGCACUUCACCCAACGAACGAAGCCUACCUUUGGUCUCAACCAUGCUUCUCGAUCUCUUUCGUCACCUGAUGGGACGCAAACCCUCGAUCUGACUGCUGCGAGUAUCCCAACUCUCUCUGUGACGCCAUUCUCUAUUAACUUGGAGUCGUCGACUGAAGAGCUACUCGGCUUCAUCCAGGAGCAUCUCGCGCAACUCAAUUGUUUUAGCCAGGCAGAUGGUGUUCGGGAGCUGGGACCCAAGUUCAAUUCGCAUUUGAACAUCAUCUACCGACGAGAUCCUGUAACGUCUCAGAAUGGGAGCUCCAUGGAUAAGCCAAAGGCUUUAGAGAGGUACAGACUCCCUGAGCCACUCGCGUCUAACUACUUCACCACUACGGAGCCGUCGUCUACGGUCUCUACCAUUGAGGGGCUUGAUGUUGCUCACUUGCCUGAUUGCCAUUUCUUUUUCAACGUUAUUGUUGGCGAAAGUGGUGAUGUCACUGUCUCUGCAAGCGGCGAUACAGCACUCUUUAUAGGAGAUAACGUCAAAGCUGCUCAAUUCGUGGAUGAUUUUCUUGCUGAGCUUUCCAAAGUUCCAGCGCGCAAGGGUUGA